GCGGCAUACGGCCCUCGGGUGGAGGGUCCAGACCCUGCGGACACGCUGACGAACAGCGGCUCCCGCAGGGCGGCUCCCCCCGGGAAUCUGUAUAAGAAGGCUGGCCAGCGGCCAACGAUCCACAGACUCCAUCGGUGCCGGGGACCGAGAACGGCCCCCGGACUUCAGACACCCCAGCAACAACGGGCACUCCCGGGCAUGAUUAAGCUGGCGCCGACCUGGCUAGCGACUCGAACUCACACUGUUACUAUCUCAGGGGUCACGGGCGCGACCAUACGAAAUGCAUGGAAGCUCCUAACCUCCAGUCGACGCGCAACCGGCAAGAAAGAGAACCUAGGACCAGGAAAGGCACCGGCCGCGCAGGAGAAGACCACGGGCUGAGGUGGGCGAUUACCCCCGUUCCUGAAGCGAGGCCCAGCUAAGGGACCUGUGCGCCACCAGUCACAGAGAGGCAACCUGCCUGGCAGGGAAGAAGUAUGGACUGGCUUCCGGCAGCUGAGAUCAGCUGCC